AGAAGUAGAAGUAAGUAAAGAAGAAGAAAUAAAAAAGCAAGAGCAAGACACAGAAAUGCAAAAAGAGAAACAGCUGAAAUCAAAUGAAAAGAGAACAGUAACAACAGGAAUAGAUAUUAGAGAAGAAGAAAUGAGA